AUGGCAGGGACUGGUAAUGCGUCUGCAAUAUUUACCAUGAUUGGAAUUUCUGAACUUGGUGAUGACCAGAUAUUCCUUGCUUUUCCUCUCUUUGUUCUCUACGCCAUUGCUCUUCUGGGGAACACCACCAUUUUGCUUGUGAUUAAACGAGAAGAAAGCCUCCAGGAGCCCAUGUACAUAUUGCUGUCCAUGCUAUCCUUCACAGACAUCUCAGUGUCACUCACAACCCUCCCAACAGUACUUGGCAUUUUUUGGUUUAAUCACAACCAGAUCUACCUUGAGUCCUGCCUCACCCAAAUGUAUUUCCUUCACACGUUUGCAGCAAUGGAAUCUGGAGUCCUGGUGGCAAUGGCUGUAGACCGCCUUAUUGCAAUAUGUGACCCCUUGCGGUAUUCCACCAUCUUAACCAAUUCUGUCAUAGCAAAGGUUGGACUGGUGAUAGCCAUAAGGGGUCUCUGUAUUGUCUUUCCAAUCCCAUUUCUUACCAGAAGGUUUACAUUUUGUAAGAGCCUUUUUCUAUCGCACUCAUAUUGUUUGCAUCAGGACGUUAUUCGACUAGCGUGUGCUGAUACCAGAGUAAAUAGCUUUUAUGGCCUGAUUGCUGUGCUACUGACCAAAGGCAUGGACUCAAUGUUCAUCAUAAUUUCUUAUGGGAUGAUUCUUCGGACAGUACUUGGCAUUAAAGCAAAUGAUCCUCGAGUCAAAGCCUUCAGCACAUGUGUCUGCCAUAUCUGUGCUGUAUUGCUCUUCUAUAUCCCACUCAUUGGCUUAUCGGUGGUCCACCGGUUCGGGAAGCAUGCAUCCCCUCUCCUUCCAGUACUGAUGGCAGAUGUGUAUCUCCUGGUUCCUCCAGUAAUAAACCCUGUGAUUUACAGCAUCAAGACUAAGCAGAUUCGCCAGAAAAUAUUGAAAGUCUUCGGCGACAGGAAGAUCAGAAUUUUGGAUAAUAGGGUUGUUACAAUAAAACUUUGA